CUGAGGCUACGCCGCCCGCGGCCUGCGUGCAGGUCAGGGCUCGGCCCGGGAUUUCCUUUCAAAGGUGACUUAGAGCGGCUUCAUUAGGGUAGCGCCCUCCCGGGCGGGCCCUAAUGGCGUGUUUGGCAGAGUCAGCGAAACGCGGCGCCCAGCGGCUCGGCGGCGGGGGAGCGCCCUCUCCCGCGCCCUCGCGGUCUCCCGCGCCGGCCAGCGGCGCGCACGGGGCCAUUUGCAGCGCAGGCAGCCUCGAGAGCGGCCGCGGCGCAACGGCGGGGAGCGAGGCGGCACCAUGGAGCUGAAGAAGGACAGCAACGCCGUGUCCAUCGACAUGCUGUUGAUCGUGCACUCGGAGAAACGGCGCGCAGCGCACGGCACGCACUCGGACCGGCAGGCGGACCCGGGCGCGCUGCCGCAGCGCAGAGGAGGACUCCAGGGUGUCGGAAAUGGAAUACGGAGAUGGCAGAAAUUCGAAGGAAAUGACGUGCAUGGAAACCUGGCGGAGAAACAACACCCUCAGCAGACCCAGGUCAUCACUUCCUACGACAACCAAGGGACACAGCUGACUGUGGAGGUCCACCCUCGAGAUGCCAUGCCCCAGCUGCUCAAGAAGUUCUCCUUGGCUAAACGUUUGCAAGGUGAUAAAAAUGGAAACACAAGACCCCGGCAGCCUGGAGCAAAAGAUGCCCAUGUUUACCCCUGGGAUCGGUCCAGCCUGAAAUCCAUGCCCCUGGACCUGCAGGAGUUUGAGAAACUGGACACGUAUGCCUCACAGGUGACAGUCAAGAGUGGCCUGGACGAGCUGGUGAGCGACCUACUCCAGGAGGCCCACAGUGACCUGGAGAGGGUCCGCGUGAUCUGGAUCUGGAUCUGCCACCACAUAGAGUACGACAUUGAGGCUGCCCAGGAGAAGGACCGCCAGGCCUUCAAGCCCACCGACAUCCUGCGGACCCAGAAGACCAACUGUGACGGCUACGCUGGACUCUUUGAGAAGAUGUGCAGGAUCGCUGGAGUGCAGUGCAUGACCGUGCCUGGCUACUCCAAGGGCUUUGGCUACCAGACAGGACAGAGCUUCUCCGGGGAGUUUGACCAUGCCUGGAAUGCUGUGUACCUGGAGGGGAGAUGGCACCUGCUGGACAGCACCUGGGGCAGCGGCCUGGUGGACUCUGCCACCUCCAAAUUCACCUUCCUCUACAAUGAAUUCUACUUCCUCACCCAUCCUGCACUGUUCAUCGAGGACCAUUUCCCAGACAACAAGAACUGGCAACUGCUCAAACCUCCUCAAUCUCUGAAGCAGUUUGAGAACAACAUGUACCACAAGAGUGAAUUCUACAACAAAGGGAUGCUGAGUGCCCACCCAGAGACUUCGGUGAUCAAAACAGUGAACGGGAAAGCCACCGUCACCGUUGAGAGCUGCGCCCCCACGCUCUUCAUGUUUAUGCUCAAUGGCAAGCAGGAGCAUGGGCUGCUGAGCCUCAGGAAGAACGGGAUGAAGCUGGACAUAUACCCUCCAACCGUGGGCACCCACAAGCUGCAGAUCUUUGCCAAAGGCAAGUCUGACAUCUACAGCUCGGUGCUGGAGUACACGCUCAAGUGCAACUACGUGGACAUCGGCGUCCGGCUGCCAGCUGAGCUGCACCAGCCCGUGGGCCCCAGCUGGUUCUCAGAGCAGAUGGGCAUCAUGAAGCCCUCCCACCCCGACCCCAUCAUCCACACCAGCGACGGGCGCUGCUCUGUCAGCUUCGGCGUGGAGGAGGGCAUCAGCGUCCUGGCUUCCCUGCACGGGGACGAAGGCCCCAUCACCGAGGAGACGCAGCGGCGCUACAUCUUCCAGAUGCAGCGGGAGAAGCGGGCAGAGCUCAAAGUCCAGUUGCCCCAGGCCGGCAAGUUUGCCCUCAAGAUCUUUGUCAAGAAGAGGCUGGAGCCGGGCAACUAUGUCUUCGUCUUCAAUUAUCUCCUGUGCUGCACCAACACCAAGGUGAACUGGCCCAUGUUCCCCGAGAGCUUUGGCAACUGGGGGCAGGACAAUGAGCUGCUGGAGCCUCUGUCGGGCGUGCUUCCUGCCAACCGGAACGUCCCGUUCAAACUGAAGCUACAUGGCAUCGCCAAAGCCCUGGUGAAGGGGCAGGACACGUGGCCCCUGACCCUGAAUCAAGAGGGCUACUGGGAGGGCAGCUGCAACACGGCCGGCUGCCAGGAAGUCUAUGUCAUGGUGCUGGAGAACGCCAACCACAACUUCUACUCCUACAUCCUGAAAUACAAAGUGAACGCCCAGUGAGGGCUGGCACCCCGGCCACACCCUCCCAGAGGGCCGAGGCCACACUUGCCCAGGGAGGGCCCAACGGGAAGUGCAGAGAGCCCUGGACACCGAGUCUGCAUGAAAUCACUUCUAGGCCUCUGCCCCAGUCUCUCCGCUCUGCCGCGGGAGCUGUGACACUUCUGUUCUGAUGGCUGCACUCGGUUGUGGCGGUGGCCGAGGGGACUGAGGCAAAGGCCCUUUAGAAGAAAAAGGUGCUAUGUAAAUCCAAGGUAUUGUAAACUGUACACCACUGCCCAGAUGCCCCCUUCUCGUGUUAAUGCUGUUGUUGUUUUUAUAGGGCUGAUGUGGGAAAGCAGGGACACGGCUCAGGCAGAAAGCUUUUCACGUGAUGGUGAGAGAGUUCUCCUCUGUGCCCAAGAGGGACCUGAUCUGCAAGGGUGAGUUAUUCUGAAUCACAGAGCCCCUUGCAGGCAGCAUCAGUGUUUCUCACCAAUUCCUGGACCCCCGGGAGGGUUGCACUGCUGUUUUUUUCCCAGACCUGACCGUCUUCAGCAUUCCUGCUGCCUCUCGCUCCUCAAGAGCCUUAGAAAAAAGAAGGUGUGAAGAGGGAGCUGGCCGGCCCACGAUGGGCUGGAGGCUCCACAAUCCCUGUGCAUACCUGUGAUGUGGCAACAGAAAAGUUACAAGGGGACUCCCGGUGCCCACCCUUGGGUGUCGGGGGUAGAGGGCCCAGGGGUGAAAGACGCCACAUUAGCCCUGCCACCUGAGUCUAAGGGUGAGAGACCUCCUACUCUGUGCUCCCAGAGGAACCUGAGGGUCAGUUCAGUCUAGUUAGUUGGUGGCCCUCCAGGCCCUCUCAGAGCCUGACCACAGGCCCUGGCCUGCAGCUUUCAUAAGAAGCCACAAGAGGCUGCUAGAGCCUUGAGGGGGCCUUGUUGGUAACCCUAAACAAAGACCUGGGCAGGGAGGCCAGGCAGGAAGUAGUGCAAAUACUGUAGUGCCAAGCAGACUCAUGUAAAAACAGGAUUAUGCCGGCCCCCAGUGGUCCCUACCAGCAAAGCCCGGCUGGGGUUGGGUGGGGGGACCUCCACCUGCUCUGAGAGCAGUUUCUGUGCUCGUCCAUAUUCCAGCUCCCUUCCUUCCUUUCUCUGACACGAGAGACCCUGGGGUCCUGCCUUCCACGCUUGCUCAGCCCUGGGAGCCUUAGCUGCCCACCAGCCCUCAGCAGCACCUCAGGCCGGUGUUGCCAUGGCAACAACCAAGAGGCUGGCUCCUGCAAGGGCAGCGCGAGAGGGAGGGAUGGAGAGGCCUUGCGUGGUCACUACAACACCAUCCUGGCUCCUGGAGGCCCUGCAGGUGCUCCCUGCCUCCUGGCCUCUCAGCUCUGUGGCCCCUGCCUAACCCAGCACCCCCACCCUGAGAGCUGGCACUGGCCAGCACUGCCCCCACCCCCCACCAUUCUAAAUGUCCUCAGGCUCAGCCACAGCCAGGGCCAGCCCGAUGCUCGUGCCUUCAUCCGCACAUUUGUGUCUUCAGCAAAUGUUCACGGGGCACUUAAUAUGCACCAGGCACUGUGCUAGAUGCUGGGGUUACAGGCAGGACCAAGGGGCCCCUGCCCCUGCCAUCUCAGAGCUCAGGGUGAGCAGCAGCAGCCUCCCCUGCACAGGCCUUUCUAAAGCUCCAUCCCAACACUUCAGGCCAUCAUCUCCCUGAAGGUCCCCGCUGCCACCCAGCUUGGACCUGGCCCACGGCCACGUUACAGGGAAGCCCGUCCCCUACCAGGCUGGGGGUCCUGGAAAUGAAGGGAGUACACCACGAGGGUCUGAGCUCUGUCCUGGCCUAUGUCCAGUCCUCUGGCAGGCUCCGCCACCCAGGCAUUUGGCACUGCAUCAUUCAUGCCUGGAAAAUGCACAACGGCCCCAGAGGCGGAACUGCUAUGCACUAAGACAGGAAAACAAGGGGAGUUUUUACACCCUGAAAACAGCCUCUUUUCACACCUUUGAUUUUAUGGGCUGAAAGAAAUGUGCUGUGUUUUGUCAAAAUAGUAAGUGCCUUCUGUGAUUCAUGUCACUCACUGGACACAGAGCCAUGGCUAGUCCUGAUGAGAACGGCAUGUAUCUUUUUUAAAAUAAUAUAAUUAAUACCUUCUGGAGCAUGCAGAGAAUGCCACCCAGCAAAACAGGAGCUGCCCCAGGAACCAAGACAAGGCCCAGCCUCUCAAAGUGUCUGCAGAGCAACCACGUGCCCCCCCACCUUUGUAAAGACAGCUGUAGGCACAGUAAAAAAUCACCUGUAUUUCUUUCCACUGAAGUAAAAAUACAUGAAAUGAAAUCCAAUCUUCAUGAAUUUUUAUACGCAUGCUGCUCAGGGUAGAAUUCGGGGUUGCAUUUUGAAAUCUUUUAUUCAAAUCCCCAUCUUUGUCUCCUGGCGGUGGGGUCCCAGCGCCUGGUGGAAUGACACGGGCGCUCCCUGGUGCCCAAUGUGUGGAGCUGCCGGUGAGGAAAACUGUGAGGCUGAGUCUAUCACCAGGGUUUUUACGCAGAAUCUGAAAUAUGCUGCUGAGAUGUUUGUGUUAAAUCCACUGGGUGCUUUCCCAUGGAAUCUCGCCGCUUCCUUGUGUGCACACGGAGCACAUCUUUGCUACGUACAAGCUGUGAGGUGAGCUUGGGGACUGAGUGGCAGGGUGAUAAGACUCGGAAUAUAAUAUUGGGGAGUGGUUUGCCCGGAAAUCACAACGUGAAAUGCAAACCCUGGAUAUGGGACUAGAAGGGACAGCUUUCACCGCACUCAUUACUCUGCCAGUGAAGGAUUGAAACUGAUCAAUCUCAGAGCUUUGGCUGGCACAUCCUAGGGUGGCAGACCUCAGGCCACAGGCAGAAGGGUCCAGAAGGCUGGGGAGGGUCGGGCAGUGGGAGGCAAAUGGGCUACAACCACAACUGCAAUUACCUUCUUUUCGCUGGUUUCAGAAACGCCAGCAGCACAGCUGGACUCCCGUUUCAAUCUGAUUAUGAUCAUUGUGAGUUCCCCAUAUGCUACACUGUCCCACCAAGACAAACUCCUCACAGCCUGCUGAGACUAAAAGGAAAUAAAUAGAUUAACUGAAGCAUGAAGGAUUUAGGCUAGACAUAAAGAACUACUUCCUGUUUUUAAGCAGAAGAGACAAGUUGCCAAGAAAGUUUGUGAAAUCCUCUUCUCAAAGGACUUGAAAAGUUUUCCCAGUGGUCUGGGUUUUAGAUGCCAUGCUAACUGGAAGGACUAAAUUCUCUCUAAACCAGUGAAUCCUUGAAAUACACUAAGUGGCCCGCAACAAACACAAGGUGAGCGAGGCUGCUACAUCCUUUGCUGUUAGCAGUGUGUUCAAAGGGGGUGUGCGUCUGUGUCCCACAUCAGUUUAUCUGGGGUCUAUCAUUUCUUUUCAUUUGGAAUAAGUAGCUGGAAAUCUUAAGAGGUGAUUACUUUUCAUAACGUGUGUGUUGAGUUGUGGGGGCCAGUGGCUGUUGCGUAUGCUUUCCCCACAUUGUUGCUGGUGUUGUUUUUCAGUAAAAUUUAUAUUCAUUUUUAUCCAACAA